AUGCAUAACCUGAAAGUCCCUCUCCUUGAGGCAACAGAUCGUAUCGGAGGGCGCACAUGGACUACCAAAGUGCUUGGAGAAGACCUUGAGAUGGGAGGAACCUGGCUCCACUGGGGCCAACCCCAUCUCUACGGUGAGCUCCAUCGUUUCUUCACUCUUGAUGAUCAUGAUAGUCGUACUCUCAUGCCAUUCCCUUAUGAACCAUUCAGAGAGCCAGCUUCGUGGAGGAAGUAUGAUCACUGGUCAGUGAAAGACCGACUAGAUCGUUUAGAUGGAUUUUCUCGCCGCGAAAGGGAUCUGUUUGAGUCGAGCACUGGUACGUUUGGUAGUGCGCCCGGUAAAGACACAGCUUUUACUGAAGCACUACGGUGGUACGCUUUGGGUGGAUACAAGCAGGUCAAGGAUGUUCGAGUUGGCAGGGAUGUAUAG